CCGGGCGCCGCCAGGCCGGCCAAACGCGGGCCCGCGCCGAGGCCCCCGCCGGGUCCGCAGCCGGCCCCGCCGGCGUUCAAGCCCUUCGAGGAGACGGCCGACCCGAAGAAGGCCGAGGAGAAGGCCGAGGAGAAGGCGGCCGCCGCCGCCGCGGCGUCCAGCCGUCGGGGCGACCUGCCAGAGAGCGGCUGGGCGAAGAAGUGGAGCGAGCGCACCAAGGCCGCCGCGCUGCUCGCGGCGCUGGAGGCGGCGCAGAUGCACGUGGUCUACGCGUUGCGCCCGCGGUCAGCCCAGUUCCAAGAGAGCGUGGGCUCGGCCCGGCCUCACCAGAGCGAGCUGGACCGCCUGCUCAAGGAGCACGCCACGGGCAGGCUGAAGGUCAGGAAGCAGAGCGGGCGGGAGGCGGUGCUGUGGCUCCUGGAGGAGGGCGCCAGCCUGGAGGCGCUCUGCGGUGACACCGACGUGGCGGUGCGCCGCGCGGCAGCGGGCCUGUUCGGCGAGUUGGGCGAGGGGGCGGCGAGGCACGCGGAGUCCCUGCUGCGCAGCGGCGACUGGCAGGUGCGCGCCACGGCCGCCGAGGCGCUUGGCUCGCUGCCUGGGGCCGAGGUCGCGGCCCAAGCGCUGGCGGGGCUUCUGGAGGACAGCGAAGCGCUCGUGCGCACGGCGGCCGUGGCGACCCUUGGGAAGCUGGGCGGGUCCACGGCCGCAGCCGCCGCGGUCGCGGGCCUGUGCGCCAAGACGCUCGGGUCCAGCAAGCCCCGUGCCCGAGAGGCCGCCGCGGAGGUGCUCGGGAAGCUCGGGCCCGCCGCGGCGGAGCACGCGGCGUUGCUGGCCCAGCUGCUGCAGGACGCCGACUGGCGGGUGCCCACCGUCGCGGGCAACGCCCUCAAGCGCAUGGGCGGGGCGGGGGCCCGCAGCUGCGCCGAGGUGCUGGCGCGCUGCGAGCCCAGCGCCCGCGGCGCGGCGGCAGACGCCCUCGUCUGGAUCGGCGGGGCCGACUGCGCGACCGCUGUCGCGGGCCUCCUGGGCAGCGAGGACGAGGGCGUGCGGCGCCACGCCGCGGAGGUCCUCGGGCAGCUCGGCGCUGAGGCGGCGGGCCCACACUGCGAGGCCCUGUCGGCGCUGUCGUCGGACCAGCGCAAGGAGGUCCGCCAGACCGCCAGGCGGGCGCUGAACAGGCUCGGGCAUCGGCAGGAGGCUCCGGCGCUGGAGGGCGAUGGCGACGCGCUGCCGGAUGCGGUGGCCGCCGCACUGCAGCAGUGGGACCAAGGCCAGGGCCGGGGAAAAGGCAGGGGAAGCGGCGGCAAGGGCGCCCGCCCCGACCAGGGCGGCACCCAGCGGGCCGCAGCCGCAGCCAGCGACCCGGCCGCAGCCGCAGCGGGCGGGCCGGCCGCAGCAGCAGCCAGCGGGCCGGCCGCAGCCGCAGCUUGCGAGCUGGCCGCAGCCGCAGCCGCAGCCAGCGGGCCCGGCGCUGCCGCAACGGCGGAUGGCAGCGGGGCCAAGGCGGCACGAGCAGAAGCCAGUCGGGGGCCCGCUGACACAGACGCGGCAAUUGGGGCGCGCCGGAGGCAGCUCGGGCGACGCGUGC